UUGGAAUGUAACAAGGAGUGGUCUUACAAAGCAGCAGGAGAAACAAUUCUACUAGACACAACUACUCCUCUCGGGCCUCUCCUCCUACAGUAGGGGGGGUUUUGGAGUGGGUAGAGCCCACGAGAGUACCCACUCAGUCUCAAAUCUCAGUCACCAUCUUAGGCAAAGCUGGUCUAAAAUGCUCUCAACUCAUCUAAUUUUUUCGACUUUUUGUUCGUUUCUGUAGCUCUAAUUUGGGAAGGGUUGGGAUAGAAGGAAAAUGCAAGGAGAGGUCAAGCUAAGCGAUUUUAUUCACCUUUUCAAGCAUGGGAUUCGGACGAUUUCACGUUCGAACUGGGUUUCAGCUUCUGGGUUUCAAAUAUCUGUCGCUGGGAUUUUGGGUAUUGCUGGUUUUGUAUUGGCUUUAAGGGAUGACAAACUGGGCAAGUUGAGCACUUCCCAGUGGUUGUUGCCAAAGAGUGAAAAUCCUCAGAACUUGCGGUUGGUUCCCGGAUUGCAGAAUCUUGGAAACAAUUGUUUUCUUAAUGUGAUUUUACAGGCUCUAGCAAGCUGUCCCCACUUCCAUAUUUUUCUGCACAAAGCCAUAGAGGAAAUUGAACGGUCGCCUGAUGAUGAGGAAUUGGUUGAUAGUUUGCCGCUUGCAGUUUCUUUGGCUCUAUUGUUACAAGAUUUAUGUGCAAUUGGUGAACAAAGUGUGGUACUCAAUCCCCGGAAAGUGAUGCUUUCGAUGGCUCAGUACAUACCUAAUUUCAGUCUCACUGCUCAGCAGGAUGCAGCAGAAGCAUUCCUUCAUCUUCUGUCUUCUUUAAGAGAAGAAUUUGCUGAUUGUUAUGAUCCAAGUUACUGUUCUUUGUUUGAAUCUUGUUCCUCAAGUUGUAGGAUUAUUACUCCAAGGAGUGGGGAGGAUCUGAAUAAGCAGGAAAGGUGGACACAGAGUUUCAUUGGACCAUUUGAUGGGAUUCUUGGUAGCAUCUUAACUUGCCAAAGUUGUUCAUCUCAGAUCUCGUUGAACUUUGAAUCUUUUCACAGCUUGCCUCUAUCUCCCGUGCUUGCUACUGGCGCCAACAUAAUGGUUGGGUGUACCUUGGAGGAUUGCCUAAAACAGUUCACGGAGGCUGAACAAGUAGAAAAUUACCGCUGUUCCAGUUGUUGGCAUAUUGCUGGAAUUAGGUUCUUAACCGCUAUAGGAGCAGAUGAGACAAAGAUCAAGAAACUUGGGACAUGCUCCGAGCAAGAUUUCUGCGACUGCCGAAAAUUUCUUCCUCAAGAUACAUUUCCAUGGUCAAAUAAGUUCUCUCAUACGCUGAAGCAAAUAAGCAUUGCUCGUUCUCCCAAGAUUUUGUGCAUUCAUCUCAAGCGAGUUUCCUUUAAUGUGUUUGGCGAACCCUUUAAGCUUCAGGGUCACAUAUCCUUCCCCUUGAUUUUGGAUCUUUUCUCAUUCAUGACCAGUGGAGUGGCAAUAAAGGCUCAAAAAGCAAUUUUUCAAAGAGGGAAAAUGCAACCACAUCAUAAACGACCAAGUUUUCAUACUGGAAAUUUUAACAUACGAUAUGAUACAAGAAAUCUUAGUAUUAACGAAAAAACAAAAGAAAGUUUCAAUUCUGAAGAUACACAAGACUUACACAUAAAGGAGUCGAAUAUUGAUCAAAUCGGAUGCUGUUUAGAAACCAUGCAUAUGGAAAAAGAGACACAUUCAGACAACCAGGUCUCAUUGAUUGACCAGUCGGUUCCACCAAGCAGUUCGUAUCGUUUAGUUUCAGUGGUGGAGCACUUUGGAGGGGCUGGCAGUGGUCAUUACACUAUUUACAGAAGCGUGAGAGCUGACCCCUGUAUAAAAGAAUUUGACGAACCACAAGAGCUUGAUUCUUUUUGCUGGUUCUCUAUUUCAGAUUCUAAUGUGUGUAGGGUCUCUGAAAAAGAGGUUCUUGCAGCUGAGGCUAGCUUGCUGUUUUAUGAGAAAAUAUAUGAAGGUUGACUGAUGUGCCUUCUAUAUAUGGCUGGUUAAUGUUAUAUAACAUUGUUUUGCUUUAUGUAGAGUUAUAAGAACUCUUCCUAAAAAAAAAAGGAAGAAUUAUUAUUUUUUUUUGGGUAAUUUGCAUUAACUAAUGUGGAGAUACCUCUACUACCACUAGAUAUACCAAAUCACAGGAAAAUAGAUGAAAACUGAAGAAUGUUAGAAUGAACUUCAUUGAUUUAUUAAGGUGGCAAUACAAACACUUGAGCUUCAGUGCUUCACACAUGAA